AUGCUAAAACAGGAAAAAAACGUGCUUAUUAGUAAGUAUAAAAAAACAUUUAUUCGGGACCUACUAUUAUUCUGGAUUAUUUUUGCAUGGUUUAUUUUUCUGCAUUUCUCAGGAUUAUACAUUUUUACACAAGGCUUCCUCCUUAGAAGAUCUACCUUAAAUUUAACAUCAAAUUGUGAUGUUCAUCCAAUUACUUUGAAAAGUCAGGAGAUUUCAAAAAACGAUUGUUGGUAUCCUUCAUCAUUCAAUAAAGCAAUUAUCAUUGUCAUUGAUGCAUUGAGAUAUGAUUUUACGGAAGAAAUUCCAGGCUCAAAACUUUAUUGUCACAAUACAUUUACCAUUCUUCAUGAAAUAGCUACCAAAUACCCUAAACAUGCAUUUUUAAAACCGUUUAUCGCUGAUCCCCCAACUACUACCUUGCAACGCCUUAAAGCACUGACAACAGGGACAUUACCUACGUUCAUUGAUGCGGGAUCCAAUUUUGCAGGUGUUUCUAUUUUAGAAGACAAUAUUAUAGCACAAUUGAAAUCACGAGGCUAUCGUAUUGGAUUUUUAGGAGAUGAUACAUGGGUUUCUUUAUAUCCGGGAUACUUUGAACCUAAUAUUACAUAUCCGUUUGAUUCAUUUAACGUAUGGGACCUUGAUACAGUGGAUAACAACAUAAAUUUACAUUUGUUUCCGCUCCUUAGUGAUACCGGAAGGACACAAUGGGAUAUACUUAUUGCCCAUUAUCUCGGCCUUGAUCACUCUGGACAUAAAUAUGGGCCCAAUCAUAACCAAACCACUAGAAAGUUAGUUGAAAUGGAUGUCACUAUAAGAAAAAUUAUAGACAAACUCCAAAAUGAUACGCUUUUAAUUGUUUUCGGAGAUCAUGGUAUGGAUAUAAAAGGAGAUCAUGGGGGUGAUAGUUCGAAUGAAAUAACAUCUGCUUUUUGGAUGUAUAAUAAAAAUCCAGCAGUAUCAAAACUAUCUUCAAAUAUUUCAAGUAUAUCUCAACUUGACUUCGUGCCAACAUUCUGUCUUCUUAUGGGUAUUCCUAUUCCGUAUAAUAACUUAGGUAGUCCUAUUCUGGAAGCUUUUUUUUAUAACAAAAAUUUAAACUGGAAAGACUAUUCACAAGCAGCAAGAAUAACUACGUACCAAAUAAAAAGAUAUAUUGAAUCUUAUAAAAAUGUAUAUGGUUUAGAAGCAUUUGAAGAAAAAGAAAUGAAUUUAAAUUUAGAAAAUAUAGAAUACAAAUUUUCUCAAAAUAAUUUUCAAAACAAUGAAGAAUUUUGGAAAGGAGUUUUCUUCGAAUAUAUAGCAUAUCAACAUACAAUACUUAAUAAAUUUCGAGAAAUCUGGAUAAAAUUUGAUAUUUGGACAAUAAUAGCGGGAAUUAUUAUUCUAUUUGGAACUUUAUUAUGUCAAUUUUUUUUUUAUACAAAUUCAGCAUACCUAUUAACAAAAAGAAUCAAACUAUUAAAUGCUCUCAUGAAAUGCAUAUUAAGCUCUGGAAUAUGUUUAUUUUUAUCUAAAUUACGUUUAUUACCUUUAAGCACUUUAAAUUCACUAUUAUUUGGUAUAUGUCUUGGAAGUAUUUUAAAUUUUGCCUCCUCUCUAAAAAAAACAUUUUUUAUUCAAUUUCAAAAAUCAUUUCAAAAACAGAUUAGUAUUAUCUUUAUUAUUGUACAUGGCAUUUUAUUAUCAUCAAAUUCUUUUAUUAUAUGGGAAGACAAAAUGAUUUUAUUUACUAUAUCAUCUAUUUAUACUCUUAAUUUCCUUGCAGCUUUUUCUAAACAUCGGAAAAACAAUCGCAUAUUGGCAAUUAUAUAUAUAUUGUUACUAUUUUUUAUUUCAAGAGUAAUAUCUUCCAUACGUCAAUGUAGAGAAGAGCAACAGCCUUUCUGUCAAUCAACUUUUUAUGAUUCAGAAAAUACAACUGUCUCAUCCAGUUUUUCAUUAGCAUUAGUUUUUUUCUUUUUAGUCCUUGUUCCACAAAUUAUAUUUCGGUUUUUUACUAACUUAGAAACUCAUAAAAAUCCUAUUUCUUUUUGGAUAUUCACAGGAUUUAAAACGGAGUUGUUGUUAAUAGCAAUACAUUCUAUACUUGAUUCCGAGUUAUUGCAUUAUAAUAUAUUAAAAUAUUUCAGUAAUGAAAGAAUUAAAGAUCUUAAAAUUCUUCUAGUAAAGAUCAUCUUGUUUACAUCUCUGUUCAUAGCUCAUGUCAUAUGGAUUUAUUUAUCUCUGAGUAUUAAAAUGAGAAACAUGAAAUUUAAACUGUUUGCUAUUCUAAAGCAAAACAGUUUAUUUGGAACAUAUACACAUAAGUUUAAAAAUAUAUACGGAUCAAAUUAUCUUUUUCUUGUUCUUAACUGGUUUAUUGUUUUAACAAUGCUUCAAAAGCCUUUUGGAGUAAUUUCUUUUUGUUUUCUUCUUUGUCAAAUCCUUUUAUACUUAGAACUUUUACAUUUAUUACAAACGGAAAACAAUUUUGAAAUCAAUACCAUUGUAUUUGCAUUAUUAGGUCGUCUUCAUUUUUUUUCAACUGGGCACCAAGCAACUUUGUCAUCUAUUCAAUGGGAUUCUGCAUUUUUAGCAUCAAAAACUAUUGUAUAUCCUCUUUCUCCAGCACUAGUUUUAGGAAACACAUUUGGAUCCAGUAUUUUUACAACCAUAGCUUUACCACUCUUAAGUUUUUGGAAAAAAAAAAUCAAUAUCAGCAUUAUGCUUAAUCAUCUUUUUCGAACUAUUCUCACAUAUAUUUUAUACUACUCUAUGAUGACAACAUGCAGUAUUUUAUUUACAACAAUCUUGCGUAGACAUCUUAUGGUUUGGAAGAUCUUUGCGCCAAAAUAUAUGGCAAAUGCUGUAGAGCUCUUAUCAAUUGACUUCGUAUUGUUAUGUUUUAUUCUCGGACUAGCUGCAAUAAAUAUUUUUCAAUAA